AUGAUAUUUUUAGUGUGUAAUUUGGAUUCCAUUGGAUUCAUUCCUAAUGGAGCAUUUCUGCCGGGAUAUUCAAGUCCCGUCCUAAAUAACAGAUGUAAUAAGCAAGUAGAAACCUACUACUCCCAGAAUGGUUCGGCACUUUUCGGUAAUUCAGUUCAAAGAAGAACUUUACUUGGAGCAAAAAGACGUGUUCAAACAGGAAAGACAAGCGUUGCUAAAGUAUCUAGUCCUGUUAAUUUAAUGGAAUCACUGGCAAAUAAUUCGUCAUUAUCCUCUAAUAUAGCUGGGUUGCUUCCAAGUAUCAACCUAAAGAAUCUAAAGGAUACGGCAAACCAAUUUGGGAUUCUGGGACUGUGGUAUGCAGGAACCGUUCUGUACAACAUAGAGAAUAAAAAAGCACUCAAUAUGUGUCCUCUCCCAAAAACAAUAGCCACAUUGCAAAUGUAUGUGGCAGUGCCAUUUUUGGUAUCCAGAUGGCUACUAGGGUUGAAGAGCCCGCCAAGGUUUAAUGUUUCUACUACAGAACCCAAAAGAACUCUAAAUCAGUCCAAUGAUAUUAUAUCUGUGAUCAAGAGAAAAGUUUCAAGUGGUUUGCACCGUGUAAAGAACUAUGUGAAAGCCUACAAAAGCAUCUUGGUUCAAAGCGGAUAUUUCUCGCUUUUACAUGUUUUGUCUGUAACAGCACUAAAUGCUGGAGCUGUGGGAUUUGUGCACAUUCUCAAGGCAAGUGAACCGAUUUUUGCAUCUGUUGUCUCAUAUUUUAUGGGAAGCAAGAUGUCUCCAAUUACAUUUUUAACAUUGGUACCUAUAGUUGGAGGAGUUGCUCUCUCGUCUAUUAAGGAACUCAACUUUUCUCCAACCGCUCUCAUUGCUUCGCUUCUCUCCAAUGUUUUUGCUUCUGUUAGAAGAAUUGAGGCAAAGAAAUUCUUUAAACAAAAUAUGAGUAAAAUAGGUCAAAACAUUACACCCUCUAAUGUAUUCACACUCAUGACCCUGUUCAGCACAAUAAUGCUAACUCCACUCGCACUCUACGAGCAGCCAAAAUGGGCAGAGGCAUACGACAUUAUAGUAAAAAAGUUUGGUAAAGACGGUCCACAGAUGUUGAUGAAACACGUUGUCCUAUCAGGAAUAUUCUAUGCACUCUAUAAUGAAGUUUCUUUCAUUGCUCUAUCGCAACUCGCACCAGUUAGCCACGCUGUUGCAAACACAUUUAAGAGGAUAUUUUUAAUUUUAACAAGUGUAGCCAUAUUCGAUGCAAAACUUUCAUCCCAGGGAAUGUACGGUUCAGCACUUGCCAUCUUUGGCACACUACUAUACUCCCUAAGUAAAACCCUCAAUGGUUAA